AUGCGCGAGAAAAGCGGAGACACUGAUGCGGUAUACCUUGGGGAAGUGGGAUGGAGCUGGACCUUUCCCUACCAGCGAGAUGUGAAUGAAGGGAAGGGAAGUGGGCCAUGCCCUUCAGUGCUGUCGUCCUGGGUGAAGCGAAGUGUGCGUGAGGACACAAGAUCGUGUUCCGUCCCAGAACCUUCACUCAGGACACAUUUAUCCACCGGUGAAGAACGAGCCAUCGCAAAAAGACAGCGGAGUCGUACUGAAGAGAGCUGA